AUGACCGAGGAUAAUUACAGACCAAGAUCCCCUGACCUCUCUUCUCCGCUCCCCAAUCCUCCUCCAUCCUACACGCCCUUGAGCCCGUUGGCCCAUCGCGCUUCCUACGACGCCUCACCUUUCUUCUCCACUUAUCAACCCCCAACGAGCAGUCGCGUUCCCCAGCAAUACGUUCCACCCUAUCAAUCAGGCUACAGCGACGACAUGGCCCGCCGCUCUUCGCGUCUGCAAGCUGAGGACGCGCCUGUCGCCAACGCCAUGGCUCAGGAAAACCCACCCUCGCCAACUGAAAUCCAACAGCCUCCUGUUGGCGCGGGCGUGGAAGUCAAGACCAAAUUCCCGGUCGCGCGUAUCAAGCGUAUCAUGCAGGCUGAUGAGGACGUCGGCAAAGUUGCGCAGGUGACCCCGAUCGCAGUGUCCAAGGCACUUGAACUGUUCAUGAUUUCUCUUGUUACCAAAGCUGCACAGGAGGCCAGAGACCGUAACUCAAAGCGCGUCACAGCUACCCAUCUCAAGCACGCUGUCGCCAAGGAUGAGGUGUUGGAUUUCCUGCAAGACAUCAUUUCCAAGGUCCCGGAUCAACCCGCCGGCCGUAAGCAUGAUGAAGAUGGCAGUGACCAGAAUGAUGGCCGCAAGAAGCGUGGGGGUCGCCGUGUCAAGGAAGAGAAUGGGAAGGCAACUGGCGCAUCAUCAAAUGGAGAUAAGGAGAUAUGGUUUUUGAUUUUCGGUGGCGUUGGUAUGGCUGGGAGGCGGCGAUCGUCGCGACCAGUUCCCACCGCGGCUCCACUCGACCUUCGAUCCCCGACAUCUUUCCCUCCCCUCCUCCAGCUUGUGGGACGAUGCUGCGGCAAGAUGGACUUUUGGUCUCGUCUCAUUGGUGGCUCCCGCUCCCUAUCCAAGAGCUCCCGAGUCACGUCGCCCGCUGAACGCCUGACGGCCUUCAAGCGUGCCUGUAAUGCCCUCCAGCAAAUAUGGCGAUCCACUAACAGUCCCUCGGGCGAGCAACCGAUCGCCCAUUCCCGCGCCUACAUCGACCGUUUGAACGCGAUCCUGAGCGACGAAUCUCGAGGCCCAGCACCACACCCCUGCGUGGCCUAUGCUGCAUCCUCCCAAAUAUUUGUGACGGUCACAAAACUGGCCCUUUCGUAUUACGACGACGACAUCCUGCGCUCCGCAACAGUGUUCUUCAAUACUCUCAUCGAUGCGGAGGUGGACGGCGUGGUGGACAACCGACUGUUUGCACGCGCAUUGGUUGACCUGGUUCGCCGCGCAAACAAAUCUACCAGUGAGAUUGAAGGAAGAUUGGUGGAGCUACUCUUCGGAAUUGCAAAUAAUAUCCGGUUACAACCCUCAAUUCUCCCUGCGUGGUUUGUUCCUCGUGUAACACCCGUGAACCAGGAUGGGGAGUCGUCCGGCCCCAGUGGAGCGGAAUUCGCCGGUGCGACACGCAAGGAUGAGUUUCCUCUUUUCUACUUGCUUGUCGACUAUGUACACAGUGAUGGUCGUGCUGGUGACUUUGCUCGAACGGGUCUUCUGUACCUCAUUGAAACGGCAUCCCGUUCCAAGAAUCUAGAGAAAUGGCUCAUUGAAAGUGACUUGGCGACUCUCAUGGCUACCGGCCUCGGUGCACUGUACAGUCAGCUCGGAAGCUUGAACUUCCCCUCUGCCGAGGAGAAUGUGCCUCGGAUCGUUGCCCUUUCGGAUCAUGCGGCCGAAGACACGGCAUUGCAGCCUGAACUAGGCGAGACUAUGGACUCGUUCAUGUCCUACCUGCUAUUUUGGCAGGAUACCAUUGACCAUUGCAAAUCUGUGGAAGUGAAUGAUACCCUUUUAGACCACUUCCAAGUUCUGUUCCUCGAGCAACUUCUAUACCCAUCUUUACUGGAAUCUUCGGAUGUAGCAGGCGGCUCAACUGCCGCCGUUCUGACCUAUCUCUGCCGCAUUCUAAGCUCGAUCGAGCAAGGUGAACUUGUUCACCGGAUAUUGCAUUUCCUACUGGCAUCCACUCCAGCCCCUGGAACGCGAAUAGAUGUUUCAGCCAGUCGACGAAAAUCACUCGACGUAUUGGCUGCCUUAUCCUCGGAGGCAGAUCAACCUUCUCCAUCUCUCUUCAACCUUCGAGAUCUGGUCCUCUUAGGGAUCCAGUCAUCCAAUCGCCAGACGGUCUUGGCUACGUUGCGUCUACUCAAUGUAGUGCUCCAAAAGCAUCACUCCUUCGCGCGAUCUUUAAUCCAUACAUUGCCGAGCCAGCCAGCCCAACAGCGGUCUAUCGGGGCAUUCAACAUGGAGCUUGAGCAACUUCUGGGUCUGGGAACAUCUCUUCUGGCCGACCCUAAGCUGGAUGAAGCAUACGAUAAUUAUGUUUCGGAUGCGACGUGGGUCCUUGAAUCGCGCCUUUGCCUCCCGGCUGCCGAAGAUGACAAUUCCGACGAUACUAUCCCAUUUCCACUGCAAAUCCUGCAGGAUGACCCCAUCGUCCAAGGUCUGCUGAGAUGCCUUGAUAGCUUUUUCACUAAUAGUGUAAUUGUCAAUCUCGCCCUUACGGGAGUGCUCAUCAGCUUGGCUUCUUCCCACCUCUUCGCGCUGGAUGGUUGGGUAUUAGUCGACCCUUCUCUUUACGAUCUUUCUUCGGAGGGCGCGCCAGAUGAUGACCUGGAAAAAGUUCAACGAGCGUAUCAGACACCUACGUGGCCAGAUACUGCAGUCCCGACCCUCACCUCUGCUCUUCAGCGACUAGUCAAUCAAGUACGUCAAUGGCAGCGAGAGCUGCCCGAUUUUGACGUCUUGAUUGCAGCCAGGCGUGAUGUUCUCCAGCGGGAUGAACGACCCGAAACUCCUGAGCAAAAGGAGAGCUCGGAAGCUCAAGCUCCAAGAUCUGCAGACAGAUCUCGCCCCUUGCAUCCGGGGUCUCCGGAGCCCUCGAUCUCUCGGGAGCGUUCGCCGCAUCCGAUAUACCUCCCUCCGCCGCCCUCAAGUCGCGGAGAGUCAUCGGUACAACCAAACGAGUCGCGUGGAUCAUCUCAAACUCGCGUGGCAACAGCAGAGGCGCUUCGUAAACGUUUGGCUACAGCGUUCCCCCCACCAGCGGCUCCGGCGGCCUCGGGGUCCACCACAGAUUCUCCUGAAGCUAAAGGUGAAGAAGAGGCCGAACCCGAGGGGCCGCCGGCCGUGACCUUGGGCCACGUCUUGACUAAUGUGGUGAUACUCUACGAGUUCUUGCUUGAAUUAUCUGCGGUAGUCCAAGCACGCGGCAGUCUGUUUGAGGAGGCGGGAUAUAAUUAA